AUGUACAGCGAAGGUCGAACUUCGGCUGAAGUGAGUGACGCCGUGAGGGCCGAGUUGUUACGUCGCUAUGGAGGAACAUACAUUGAUCUGGACGCCAUAACUCUCCAGCCUCUGCCCAACACCACAAACUGGCUGGGCCGCAUUGACUCUAAGUUAGUCACUGCGGCCGUGUCACGUUUUGAUCCAGGAAACCCACUUCUUCAGUCUGUAGCAGACAACAUCCCGUCGUCCUUCAAUCCCCAAGGAUGCUGCAGCAUCGGGCCCAACCUCUUCACACACAUCCUUCACCAGAGCUGCCCCAAGAACGUCACCACUCCCUCCUCCGCCGAUCCCGACCAGGCCGAGCACUGCAACGGCGUCACGAUUUUCCCCAGGUCCUACUUCUACCCCAUCCACUACGGGUACGAGGAGGACCAGCUGCAGAGCAUCUUCAGGGAGGGAGAGGGCCUGGGGCGCGCGUUCCUCUCCAACACGCACGCCUUCUCGCUGCACCUUUUCCACUCCCUCUCCCAUCAGGGCCGAGUUUCUCCCGCCGGCGACUCGGUCCUCAGUGAAGUAGCGCAGAGGAACUGUCCCAGUGUUUUCCAGAUCGUGAAAUCUAAAGAUCUGUGGCUCUAG